CACCAUCAUCCUCAUUAUCAUCAUAAUCAUCAUUAUCUUAACUCCUCCACAGUCUCCCUCGGCCGGGUCAGCUCCUCAGACGUCCGUACUUUCAGUGCGGAUUCCAACAUCAUUCAAAACAUCCCUAUUCUGUUGAGGUCGUGUUGAGGCGUGGAUCUAUCGACGCAUCGACGGGUGUUUGUGUACAGAACGAGGCGACCCUGGACAGACGCCGCCCGGAGCUCCUGAGGUAACGCAGACCGACGCACGUCCCGGCCGGCGGCCGGGCCAAACAUUGAGUCCCCGCGAUGUUCGCUAUGCAGCAGCGACACUCGAAACGCGUCGGCCACAACAAGUGGGUCACGAGGGGGGAUACCUCCUCGCUCUGCAAAUAAGGGCACGGCCAGAGGACGAUCUACUGUAAACAGGUGGUGAUGUCACAUUUCAGCACACACUGAACGGAGUCGCGGGCCAAUGGGGUGCACUAGUGACGCACGCGGGGGGUCCGGCUAAGGGGUAUUUAAAGCGCGUGGUGUUCGGCGCAGGGGGGUUUGGAGAAACCGCUGCAGGAGACUGAACUACCGCCCCGCUACUGUUUACCGCCGCUGCCUUCUCUCGUGACUGACUCCUCUUCGGUGCAACGACAGACCCGUGCACGGAGCCAACUCCAGACUUGGAUUGUGCUUCUUACUCGCGAUACUUUGAGUGUGUAUUCUAGUCGGUGCCCUAGCGGUACUUGACUGUGUUUGGGGUCGCCCUAGUGGUUCGUGACUGUUUUUUGGGGGUGCCCUAGCAGUGCUUGACAGUGUUGGGGGUGGCCCUAGUGGUUCGUGACAGUUUUUUUUGGGGGUUGCCCGACUGUGUUGGGGGUCGCCCUAGCGGUGCCUGACUGUGUGUUGGGGGUCGCCCUAGCGGUGCCUGACUGUGUGUUGGGGGUCGCCCUAGCGGUGCCUGACUGUGUGUUGGGGGUCGCCCUCGGGGGGGGCAGAGCGCUGAGAGGAUGCCGUGGGACGUGGAGGUGCAGCACGGCGAGGGCCGCUCGGACUACAAGUCGGAGAAGCGGUGCCAGCGGACGUCGCUGGCCUUCUACCAGGCGGUGCGCGACGGCCUGCCCCCCUGGCUGCUGGAGGACAUGCGCCGCAUGGAGGUGUUCCACUGGGAGGCGGACGGCCAGGCGCGCGCCUUCAGCCCCGCCGAGGCGCUGCUCUACGCCCUGGUGCACGACCACCAGGCCUACGCGCGCCACCUGCUGGCCGGCUUCUCCGUCGCCGCCCUGGAGCCCCCCAGCGGGAGCUUCCGCUGCUGCGGGGCGUCGGGGGCACCGCACCUGGCGGCGGCGGUGCGCUACGGCCGCGUGGCCAUCCUGAAGAUGAUGCUGACGGCGCUGAAGGACCUCCCCUCGGAGGGCGCCCGCCGCCGCUUCCUGGACGGCCGCGGCGGCGGCUGCCCGCACGACGCCGACGGCGGGAAGACGGCGGUGCGGCUGGCGUGCGACCUGCUGCGGCCCGAGUGCCUGCUGCUGCUGCUGGGCCACGGCGCCAGCCCGGGGCUGGGCGACGGCGCCGGGGCCACGCCCCUCGACGCCCUGCUGCGCCGGAUGGGCGGCGAGCCGGCCCGCGGGGCGGCGGAGGCCCGCGGCCGCCGGGUGUGCCUGGGCUACCUGCUGCUCUUCACCCCGCGGCCGCACCAGGGCCUCCACCAGCGGCUGGCCGAGCUGGAGCCGGAGCAGUGGCGGCGCCUGGUGGGGACGGAGGCCUUCCGGUGGCUGGCCGGGGCGGCCUCCCCCCCCUCCCUGUUCGUCAGGGCCAUGCAGACCCUGGUCCGCUCCGUGCCGGCCGAAAGGCUGGACUGCCUGCCGGGUUUUCUCAAGCCCAUAGACUUCCCUCUCUGAGACGCCUGUGCGACCGACACCCUGGCAGCUAUGUAUAAUGUAUAUACGGUAUAGAGUGUGUGUGUGUGUGUGUGUGUUGAAGGCCGACAUUAGCGCUGUACCUCGGGGGCGUGCGGACUGCAGAAAGCUGGAGAAAGAAGAGGACGGACUUUGUUUGGGAAAGGUUUUGGUUGGGGUAAUGUACAUUAGAAGGCGAUGUGGUGCGACUACCUCACUGGGCGCCGGUGCUCUUGAGCAGGGCACACACAAGCCCCUCCCCCCCCGGGGGGGUAGGCUGUUUGUUGUAAAUAAACUCUUGUUACUAAACUGG